AUGGCGAACCAGAGAGCGCGCGAACCUGCGCAAGCUACAGGUCACUGGUUACGCAAGAGGAAGCCUGUGGACUACGUUCGAUCUGUUCACGGAUUUACCCGUGACCCUUCCAGCAACGAAGACUACGUUGAUGACCCUUUUGCGAUGACAGACGAUGUAGCGAAUGAAGAGGCCAACAUGGGGAGCCUCGAAGGAGAAGAGAACAACGAGGUGAUUGCUGACGACACCGUGCCUAAUAACGUGGAUGUGGAGACCAAGAACGCGCCGGCGGCUAUGACGGGCCCAGGAAGUGGUGACGCAGCAUUGGGCACGAGCGAUGACGUUGGCACGACUACCGCCGCAACCAGCGCGAGUGGAGUGACUGGGCUGUGCGUCGAUGCGGGCAAGAAGGACGCGUGUGCCAGUGCUGCGACCACGGCGAAGGACGACACGCCAGAGUCGAUGCCGAACGACAGUAAUGAUAGUGCGGGUCCGGAGGCGCGCGAUUCAAAUGUGGACGAAGGUGACGCGAAUAUGGAAGAUGGUGAUGCGGCUGUUGACUCGAAUGUGGUAGUUAGUGACGCGAAUGUGGAUGAAGGCGAUGCGGACGCGGAUGUGGACGCGAAUGUAAUGUGA